AGAGACGCUGCGAGGGCGUGCGUUUAAUUCAGCCCUUCGUGGUCCUGAGGGAAGAACCAAGUUCAGGCGAAGGCCGGAGGGAGAGAGGUGUUGCCAAGGGAAGUUCAAAUAGAUUUUGUUUCGUUUGCAGCGGCAAAUCUCCUAUUUGUUUCUCUGGUGAAUCCCUCUUCUUCGGUGUGAGAUUUCACAGGUAUUUGGUGGAGAAUGCAGUUGCGCGAUAGGAAGUUGUCGGCUCGGCUGAAGAAACUCUGGACCGGUGUGGCUGCGCGCCUUGGGUUCCGCAAGAGCGGGCUAGUGAAGCUGCGAAACGAUGUGAGAUCUUGUGAGUAUGAAGAUGUGCAUGUGCUGUGGGAGAUGCUAAAGAAAAGUGAACUAGAGCACUCCCCUCGGAAGAACAAGAAGGGACAAUUUUGCAACUGCUUUGAGUGGGCUAAGCACUCAUCUCUUCUUUCCCGGAGCUUCUGAUCUUGUUCUGUUUCACCCUCUGAGUCAGCUUGCAUCUAGUUUUCUGUAGAUAAAAGAGGCUCAGUGUGCAUCCCUAUCAGUUCUCCGGCCCAGUUAAUAUGGAUGUUGCUUCAACCAGAAUAAAAAGGAAAGGAGGAUCUGUUACUCCUUGUGUGUGAAAUAGACCCUCCUCCCUUAUCGAGUUAAAAGUUUGUUGAUAUCAGCUGCCUACCAAAUGACUGUGUUCCACUACUUCCUACCUUUGUGUUGUCUCCUAUAAAUAAAUAAAACUAAAACACAGCAUAUCUGUUUCCAUGAUCAUGCUUAUAUAAGAUAUGGUAUCUACUUUAUCUAUGAACCUUGGAUUUUGUCUUAGCCUCUCUUAAGCGUACUCUUUCUUUUCCUGGGUAUUGGGUUGGUUG